AUGCGACAGCUCUUCGGGCCUUCUAAGCUAUCGACCCGAGAGGCAAUGUGGCACAUCUUCACUGGUCGUGGGCUGCCCCACCAGCAAUGGCCACUCCAGGUGGGGGAAGGGGAGAGCAAUUGUAGAUGGGAACGCGGUUCCGGCGAGGACCAGUUCGAGUUUGGAUACCGGCAAGUCUGGCUCUACGCCUGGCGGCAUUGGACCAAACUGAUCCCUGAGUGCCCCAAGAAAGACGACAAUGACUACACACCUGUGCCUCAGAGGCCCGACCCGAAAGCAUGGUAUGGUAUGGCGAGCCUAGCAGCGAGGGUUGGGUUUGAGUCGGAUGAGAUCGAGCGACUGCGCUCGUCGGAUCCGGAUCGCGAGAUGGCGCGGGAGGCGCUUUUCCGAGCGCGAGAUCCCGAACACUUUAAGUAUGAAGAUACUGCGCUUGAUGGAUACGUGGCUGAAAUCAGCAGGAUUUUCAAGUGUGCUUCAGAAAUGAUACCCGAGGAAACGAAGCCAGCAAUGCUAGUGCCGGGUCCUGGAGAGGAUGUCAAGAGGAGGAGCGGUCGUGUGUUUGCAA